AUGGCGGAGCGCCACCAGCAGCAACAGCCAACUGAGGCCAUCAAGAGCUAUCUUCCGGUUCCGAAAAAAGGUGCUACUCCCACUUCAAAAAUCCUCGCAAUUAUCACGCUCUUCCCCGUGGGCAGCGUCCUCCUAUGCCUCGCCGGGCUCGUUCUCGUCGGCACCCUCAUCGGCCUCGCAGUUGCCACACCUCUUUUCGUGAUAUUCAGCCCGAUAUUGGUCCCUGCGGCCCUCACAAUCGCCGCGGCUGUCGCAGGGUUCUUGACCGCAGGGGCUUUCGGGAUCACUGCAGUGUCUUCUCUCUCCUGGAUGUUCAACUAUUUCAGAAAAAUGGGUGCAGCGCCGAAGCAUAUGGAGCAGGUAAGGAGGAAAGCGCAGGACACAGCGGGCCAGAAGGCUAGGGAAGCUGGCCUUAGGGCCCACGAAGCCGUGAAAACAUGA